CAGCCUGUAGGUUAAAGUAGCGUCAAGAAUCUGCAGCUGCCAUGGGUGGCAGUGAGGACAAGCGCAAAAAGCGCAAGCUCGCGAAGGAGCAAACGACGGAGGCCCUCGACCGGUCCGAUCCGAAGGCCAGUAAGAAGAAGUGCAAGAAGAAGAAGAAGCAGGAUGCCGCUUCCUCUUGCCCAUCCGCGAGACCCUCGGAAGUCUCUGAUCCAAUAAUGGGAAAAGAUGAGUUAUCGAUGAAAGAAGAAGAAAAAGAAGCUAGGGAGCGAAAGCUGCGCAAGAAGGCGAAGAAGGAAUCGAAACGGGCGGCCGAACUGCUCAAAAUAUCUGAGGCCGAGACCGCGGAGACAGAGGUCAAGGAGCCCGCCGACAAGCUCCUGAACGGCACGACGAACGAGAAGCAGGAUGAGCAAUCCUCAAUUUCGCGCCUGAGCAAAGAGGAGAGGAAGCGUGCCAAGAAAGAGAAGAAAAAGCAAGAGAAAAUUGCCGCCGCCACGUCCCAUGCCACCCCACUCCCUUCCACCCCGUGCACCGCCGACGCCCCCCACCCCUUGAGCAAGAGCGAGGCCCAGGCCUGGUGGGAGGAGAACGAGAUCUUGGUCUCGGGCCCGGGGUGCGACGCCUUCCUCCCCACCCUCUCCUUCGCGGGGGUGGGUUUCCCCCCCGACUUGCUGAAGUGCACCGAGGGCUUCGCCCGCCCUACCCCCAUCCAGGCUCAGUGCUGGCCCGUCCUGAUGGGCGGCAGAGACAUUAUCGGCAUCGCCGAGACCGGCUCCGGGAAGACGCUCACUUUCAUCCUCCCCGGCUUGGAGCGCAUCCGCAAGGCAGGGGCCCCGGACGGUGGGCGCGCGGGGCAUGUCCCGCGCAUGUUGGUGGUUGCCCCCACCCGGGAGUUGGCGAUGCAGAGCGCGGAAGUGAUCGACGGCGUGGUGGAGGGCUCGGGUCUGCGCAGCAUCUGUCUCUUUGGCGGGGUGCCCAAACAGGAGCAGCGCCAGGCCUUAAGGGGGGGAGUGGACAUUCUGGUGGCGACGCCGGGGCGGCUGGCGGACUUGAUGGAGGAGGGGGAGUGCGACCUCUCCCGGGUAUCCUACUUGGUCUUGGACGAGGCGGACCGCAUGCUCGACCAGGGCUUCGAGCAGGCCAUCCGCGGGAUCGUGAGCCACUGUGUGCCCCGUGGCCGGCGGCAGACGGCGUUGUUCUCCGCCACCUGGCCCGUGGCCAUCCAGGCCUUGGCGGGAGAGUUCCUGGAAAAUCCGGUUAAGGUGACGAUCGGAGGGGAGGAUUUGAGCAGUAACAAGCGGGUGCAGCAGGUGGUGGAGGUGGUGGGAGAGUUCGAGCGGGAGGGCCGGCUGCGGGGGCUUCUGACGCAGUACCACGGUCGGCGCGACAACCGGGUUUUGGUCUUCGCGCUCUACAAGAAAGCAUUCAUGGAGACAAGAGCCAGAGCGACCGCAUCGCCGCCAUCGACGAAAUUCAAGACGAAGGAGGUCCCCCUGCUGGUGGCCACGGACGUCGCUGCCCGGGGCCUGGACAUCCCCGACGUGGAGGUGGUGAUAAACUACUCCUUCCCUUUGACCAUCGAAGACUACGUGCACAGGAUCGGCCGGACGGGCCGCGCGGGGAAGAAAGGCAUCGCCCACACUUUUUUCCACCAGGGGGACAAGGGCAAUGCGGGGGCUCUGGUCAACACCUUGCGGCAGGCGGGGCAGGAGGUGCCACCUGCCCUUUUGAAGUUCGGGACCGCGGUGAAGAAGAAAGAGCACAAGCUGUACGGGGCCUUCGGGCCGAGGGAGGGUAUGGAGGAGAAGAAAGCCACCAAGAUCGUCUUUGCGGACGACUGAGACAGGGUGCAUACGAGGGCGGAAGGGGGGUGAGGAAGGCGAACCAUGUAUGCUGGAG